AUGGCGGAGGCCAACGAGGCUGCGUCCACCUCGGACAUGGAACCUCCGAGGCCAUGGGUGCGCGAGUGGAGCGACCAAUACAAUCGCUACGCAUACAUCAAUCUACAGAUUACCCCUCCGUGGAGACAGUGGAACCACCCUUGCACGCCCACGGCUGACAAGGACCUUCCAACGCCGUGGCUGCGACAGUGGGACGUUCAGAACGGGAGGCACCUGUAUGUCAACCCCGAGACAAUCCCGCCGACACGACAGUGGAUUCACCCUGGCAAGGAGCUGAUCGAGAAGCAGCUCCCAGAACCGUGGUUGUGCGAUUGGGAUAGACUGCGCAAUUGCUUCAUAUACAUCAACCCGGAGACGAGCCCGCCUGCUCGGCAAUGGGAUAACCCUACGAGGGCCGUGCCAGUCCGUCCAGAGCCAUGGCUUCGUCAGUGGGACAAACAGAGCCGGCGGUUCUUUUACAUCAACCCCGACGCCACCCCACCGAGGAGGCAGUGGUUGGGAGCCUGA